GGAGGCAGAAACCUCAAGUUCUAGCCUUUCGACUCCGAAACCACAGCGAAGACAGCCAGCUUUCGGAAAUGGCGACUGCAGCUCUGGCGAACAGAGCUUCAACGGAUCGAACGUGGAACCUCCUGAGACAAUCUUUCAGAUUCUUCAGAAGCUUUAGCGCUGCUCCAUCUGCUUCUUCUUCUUCAGUGGCAUCAUCUCCAAACCCUACAGCUUCCAAGAAGCCAAAGCGAAGAAAGAAGAAGAACCUGUUCGAGGUGGCUCAGUUUCUCCCAAACUGGGGACUCGGAUAUCACAUGGCCAAGACUCACUGGACCGGCGUUUCCUAUGAGAUUACCAAGAUCAAUCUCUACAAGGACGGCAGGCACGGGAAGGCGUGGGGACUUGUUCACAAAGACGGUUUGCCGGCUGCUGCUCCCAAGAAAAUAAGUGGGGUUCACAAGCGCUGUUGGAGAUAUAUUCCAAGCUCAAAGAAAACAGAAGAAAAGACCCCAAGUCCUUCAGUCCAAGAACACACCCCAAAUCCUGAAGUUCAAGCAGCUUGAUGUUUCUUGAAAAUUUCCCUUUCCCAGUUGAGGAGGCUCGGACCACAUUGGCAAUCUUGUUUGAAUUCCGUAGAACACUUGGGUUCUGGUUCUAUUAUGCUUCCAAGCAGCAUUCUCAUGCAUCAUGACUAGACAGGACAGACUUCUUUUAAAGCAAAUGAAAAUGCAUUCCUCAGUGUGACAUGAGGAAAACAUUAGCAUGAUGGAUCUCAGAGGCUUCUAAAGCUUUCACUCAUUUGGGUUGUUAGUUUUGCUUACAAAUUUUUGAACACUAAAAUAGCAAGAGUUAAAUUAA